AUGAUGUCAGGCGAAACCCUGCACGUGAAGACCCCCGUCCGUGACAGCAUGACCCUGUCCAAAGUGGCUGGCACCACCGUCUAUCUCAAGAUAGACAGUGCCCAGCCCUCCGGCUCCUUCAAGAUCCGGGGCAUCGGACACCUCUGCAAGACGUGGGCUGAGCGAGGCUGUGAACACUUUGUCUGUUCCUCAGCAGGCAACGCAGGCAUGGCAGCUGCCUAUGCGGCCAGGAAGCUGGGCAUUCCCGCCACGAUCGUCGUGCCCAGCACCACGCCUGCCCUCACCAUCCAGCGGCUCAAGAAUGAGGGCGCCAUGGUCAAGGUGGUGGGUGAGACAUUGGAUGAGGCUGUCAAGGUGGCCAAGGCCCUGGCGAAAAACAACUCAGGCUGGAUCUACAUCCCUCCUUUCGAUGACCCCCUCAUCUGGGAAGGCCACUCUUCUAUCGUGAAGGAGCUGAAGGAGACUAUGAGCACAAAGCCGGGGGCCAUCGUGCUGGCGGUGGGGGGUGGAGGGCUGUUGUGCGGAGUGGCCCAGGGGCUGGUGGAGGUGGGCUGGGGGGACGUGCCCAUCAUCACCAUGGAGACCAUCGGAGCCAACAGCUUCCACGCUUCCACCAAGGCCGGCAAGCUUGUCACCCUGCCCCAGAUUACCAGUGUUGCCAAAGCCCUGGGCGUGACCGCUGUGACAGCACAGGCUUUGAAGGUGUUUCAGGAAAACCCCGUUUUCUCUGAAGUUGUCUCGGACCGGGAGGCUGUGGCCGCUGUUGAGAAGUUUGUGGAUGACGAGAAGAUCCUGGUGGAGCCCGCCUGUGGGGCAGCCCUGGCCGCCAUCUACAGCAACGUGGUCCAGAAGCUGCAGGCAGAAGGGAAGCUCUGUACCCCGCUGUCCUCCCUCGUGGUCAUCGUUUGUGGGGGCAGCAACAUCAGCCUGGCCCAGCUGCUGGCGCUCAAGACACAGCUGGGCAUGAAGAGCGGGCUGCCCCAGUGA